GGGGCAGGGCUGAGCAGGGUUCGCUUAGUUCUUUGUGCAGCUUGGCGCCUGGAGCUGCGUGCGAGACUGAAAGGAACUGGACUUCAGUCUAAAGUUUUGUGGGCAGCAUAUAUAUAUAUAUUAUUAUUUCGUUCUCGCUGCGCUUUCAGCGUGGGGUAACUGCGGGGGAAAAUCGGGAAAAACAUGGAAAUGCGGAAAAGAAUCAGCCUUGAGCUGCGGAACAGGAAACCAGCAGACGUCAAGGAGCUGGUGCUGGACAACUGCCGGUCGGACGGCGGCCGCGUGUCCGGCGUCACCGCCGACUUCGAGACCCUGCAGUGCCUCAGCGUGGCCAACGUCGGCCUGGUGUCCCUGGACAACCUGCCCCAGCUGGACAAGCUCAGGAAGCUGGAUCUGAGCGAGAACAGGCUCGCCGGGGGUCUGGAGAAGCUGGCAGAGAAGACGCCCAACCUGACUCACCUCAACCUGAGCGAGAACAAGAUCAAGGAUCUGCGGGCUCUGGAGCCGCUGAAGAAGCUGCCCCUCCUGAGCAGUCUGGACCUGUUUAACUGCGAGGUGACCAUGCUGCAGGAGUACCGGGACAGCGUGCUGGAGCUGCUCCCCCAGCUCGCCUACCUGGACGGCCUUGAUGCCGAUGGCCAGGAGGCCCCGGACUCGGACCUGGAGCUGGGCGGGGAAGGUGAGGCUGGGGAGAACGGGGAGGAAGAGGAGGAGGAUGAGGAAGAAGACUUGGACGAGGAAGACCUGGAUGUGGAGGAUGAAGACGACGACGAUGAUGAUGAUGACGAUGACGAAGGCGGUGAAGAUGAGGAUGAUGAAGAAGAGGAUGACAGCGAAACGCUAGAUGAGGAAGAAGAUGAUGAAGAGGAAACCAGCCGAGGGGCGAAGCGGAAACGGGGCGACGACGACGAGGGGGAGGAUGACGAAGACGACGACGAGGAGGAGGAGGAGGAUGAAGAAGAUGACGAGUGAUGGGUGCCAGGGCAGUGCUGGUCUGUACAGACGCUCUUGCAGUGCUGCAGUCAAGACAGACCCCACGCCUGUCCUGUGCUCCUGGAGGGAGUCCCCUCCUCUGUUUGGCCCCGAAGAGCCCCCAGGAGGGCAGUUUCAGAUGUGCUUCUUCCUGUUUUUGUGUGUGGGCGUGCCGCCGCGUUGACCCCCAACCCUUGAUUUUUAAGCGAGUGUUCGAAAGCCGUGGUCGCGGGCCUGUGGCAGCGAGACCCCGGUUCGUACGCAGCUCAAGUGUCUUUUACAGAUGGGCAAGGGCCUGGGAUCUUUAUUUUAAUGCUGGCCGGGCCUUGUGUUGUUUUUUUUCCAUUGACAACUUGCCAAAACCUGUUCAAGUGCUGUAAACGGUCUUGCUCCUACUGGAAACUGUGAAACGUCCAGUCUUUUCCCGAGCUCUGAAACUCCAGUGUUAUGCUGUCCCAAAGUUUUUACGGACUCCUGCUAAUUUUUUUUAUUGGAAAAACUCGUAUUUAGUUCAACCUCCCCCCCUCCUUUUUAUUAAACAUGUUGACCCAGUGGGUGGUGAGUUGAGCUUUUGAAAAGAAAAGGCAUCUUUAUUUAAUUACCAAACAGAUUUGGGGUCUUCCGUCUCCCCCGACAAUGAUGUUGGUGUGAAAGAUGUGCUGCUGGUGUUUUCCCACAGUCCAGAGACGCCUGGGCUGUGUGCCGAGAGAACUCUUCCCCAGCGAGAGGCCCGGUCUGGCAGGAGGGCCCUCGCCCGAACUCGGUGUGCAGAACUCUUCCGGCUUGAUCCGUUUCCCUCCGCCAGUCGGGAUCGAAGUCGUCGCUGGUGCCCGUUUCGUCCACUUGGGGCGCACUCGAGCGAGCCGGGUGGAGAGGCGCGAUGGUGCGGACAGCGGCCGCCUUGAAGUCCGACUCCAGCGAGGAGCCCAGCGGGGAUGGAAACGCAGCAGCGCCGGGAGCCACUGCAACUUCAGGGCUACAGUCCGUGGCCGUGGGGACUUUCGCGGGACAGCGGGAGAACCUGUCGAGCCCGAUGAAUACUCGUCAUUGAAAACCUUAGCGUUCACCUUCCACAACUCCCCAUUUUUUUAAUAUUACAAAUACUUUUAAAUUGAUGUAAAUGUACUGUAUAUGGGUAUGUGUGAUGGAUGCAAUUUAUUCACCUUAGACGGCGAAACCGAUGCCAUUGUAGUAGGUGUCAUUCAGAGUGCAUUGAUAAGUUUUUUUCCUGUACAGUUUUCAGUUUAGAUUCACCGUGUGGUUUUUAACGGAGUGUGUUUACUUCACAGUGUCUUGCGUAUGUGUGCGUCUUAAAUAUAUCGAAGUUAGGUUUUGCCUGUGUGCAUAUUCCUUGUCUUGGGUUCAAUAAACUACAGGUCAUUGAGCGACUAGA